AUCCCCAACCCGCUCGCACGUGGCGCCUCGCCUUCCAACCUAACACCGCUCCCAUGUCUCCGUUCGUCUACACUUUUUCGUCUACACAAUUUCCUCAAACAAAAAUUCUCGUCCAAACCCACUGGCCGCAGUUCGUUUCUCUCCUGAAAGGCUCUGUUUUCGCCCCUCGAGUUUCAAAAAUCAUCAGUCCUUCUUAUCAAAGUUAUUUCAAGCACGAUUUUUCGUCCAUUUCCGAAAGCCGCCGGUCGUGAUUUGUUUUCCCUUCUUGAGGCUCUCAUUUUUUGCCCCAGUGUCUGUUAUUUUGUGUUUCUUUUUAACCUCGUCCAAGUUUUCAUGCAAAUUGCCGCUAUUGUAUUUCUCUAGUCUCUUAUUAUUUUACCCUCGUCACUUAGUCGUUCAUCUCAAAGUUUUUUCAAGUACAAUUUAUCGUCGCUGGUCGCAGUUCGUUUUUCCAUAUUUUUUGCCCAGCUUCUUAAUUAGAUUUUCAACUAUCAUCAUCGGUCAUUUAUCUCAAAAUUUGACCAAGCAAAAUUUUUUGUCAAUUUCUAAAAUCCGCCGGUCGUAAUUUGUUUUCCCUUUUUAAGGCUCAUCGUUUCCCCAGUUUGUUAUUUGAUGUUUCUUUUUAAUCUCGUUGAAGUUUCAUGUACAUCGCCGUUAUUGUAUUUCAUAAGUUUCUUAUCCUUUUACCUACGUAACUUAGUCUAAGUUUUGCGGCUUUCAUUAAGAUGUAGGUAAAGUUUUCCGGGACGGAAUGGUUUUAUAAUAAAUUUCGGUUUUUUUUCAUUCGUUGAUUUUUUUGUUGAAUAUUUUAAUCAAUCGUCUUACGCGAUGAAUCAUACUUUUUUAGUGUCGUAAUUACGCGAUGAUCGGUGCGCACAAUGUGUUAAGUUCCGUUGAUUUGAUUUCGCGGUGGAGUGAAAAUAGUUUCAUGGAUUAGCCACGUCUGUCUACUCGGCGCGGACAAAGUGGUGAAGGAGCCACGGCUGGGAGCUGGCCCGUUCGGGUGGGGCGUAGCCCUCCGGUCUUCUGCAGUCAUUCAAGUAAUCGCAAAAAUAGCUUCACCUUCAAGCUAGCGUUACUUACACAGUUCGAAUGCCGUGCCUGGCGAUGUCCCGUCAUGUGGUACCUGUGAUCCAAGUGACUGACAGCUUGGAGCCGAGCGGCGGGCAAGAGGCAGAGCCUUCCACCCCGGCGUCUCCGGGUCCCGGCCCCGGCCCCUGCUCCUUCGCCGCCCAAUUUCCGGCUCCGCUUUCCUCCCAGCUCGACUCCCUCCGGCUCCCCGGAAACAGCCACUCCCGCCAGGACUCCUACAGAAAAGCUGUGCAAGGUGACGGGGAAUCGGGUCCGCGGCAAAUAAGAUCGACGCCCGACUGGGGCGACACGGCCACCAACGGCGAGCACUUGUGGGUCCCGACUUCCGCUUCCGGGGACUUCUGCUACGUUGGAGAGGGCGAUUGCACGAAACACGGUGCUCGGAUGAAGUGCGCGGCGUGCAAGAUCGUGGCGCAUGCCAACUGCAUAAACAUCCUCAUGGAUCGGGUCCACUUCACGUGCAAGCCGACUUUCCGCGAUGUGGGGGUGCGGCAGUACCGCGAGCAGACCUGCAUCCAUCACCACUGGGUCCACCGCCGCUCCCAGAAGGGCAAAUGCAAGCAAUGUGGAAAGUCGUUUCAAUCCAAACUGUCGUUCAGUUCGAAAGAAAUCGUGGCUCUUAGUUGCUCUUGGUGUAAGACUGCGUACCAUAAUAAGGAAUCCUGUUUCAAUUUACAAAAAAUAGGCGAGGAGUGUCACCUUGGCACUCAUAGCAGCAUAAUAGUUCCACCCUCUUGGAUUGUAAAGUUGCCGAGGAAAGGAAGUUUUAAAUCUAGUCUGAGAAAAUCUCCCAAGAAGAAACCAUCUAGUAAAAAAAGAAGUAAAGAAAAGACUGAAAAAGACUCUCGAACCUUCGCAAUAAAACCAAUUCCAACUCUUAGUGUUCGACCAGUGAUAGUGUUUAUUAAUCCUAAAUCAGGUGGCAAUCAAGGCGCUAAACUGUUACAAAAAUUUCAAUGGCUGUUAAAUCCAAGACAAGUGUUCGAUCUAACACAAGGAGGGCCGAAAAUGGGGUUAGAGCUCUUUCGCAAAGUGCCAAAUCUACGAGUUCUGGCGUGCGGUGGAGAUGGGACAGCUGGAUGGGUGCUUUCAAUCCUCGAUCAGUUGGCCUUUUCGCCUCCACCAGCUGUAGGUGUUCUGCCCCUUGGUACGGGGAACGACCUUGCCCGAGCUCUUGGAUGGGGUGGGGGUUAUACGGAUGAGCCGAUUUCAAAAAUUCUUUGCAAUAUCGGUGAAAGUGAAAUCAUACAAUUGGACAGGUGGGAAUUGAAGGUUGAGAAAAACAAUGACGCGCAGCCGAACGAGGAGGGGAAGGAUAAUCUGCCUUUGAAUGUUGUCAAUAACUACUUCUCCUUAGGAGUGGAUGCUCACAUAGCCUUAGAAUUUCAUGAAGCCAGAGAGGCUCAUCCUGAACGGUUCAACUCCAGACUGCGGAACAAGAUGUUCUAUGGUCAGAUGGGUGGUAAGGAUUUACUCCGGCGAAAAUGGAAAAAUCUAGCAGACUUUGUAACACUAGAAUGCGAUGGCAAAGAUCUAACUCCUAAACUAAAAGAGCAUAGAGUUCAUGCAAUAGUUUUCUUAAACAUUCCAAGUUACGGUGGAGGUACUAGACCUUGGAACACGGGUUCAUCUACAAUUCAACCAGCAACAGAUGAUGGUCUCAUCGAAGUUAUUGGCCUUACAACAUAUCAGCUGCCCCUUCUUCAAGCUGGAGGACACGGAACCAGUAUUUGCCAGUGUAAGUCAGCCAAAAUGGUGACUGGUAAAACAAUUCCCAUGCAAGUAGAUGGUGAGGCUUGCCGACUGAAUCCGUCCAUCAUAUCUUUAAAUUUGCUCAAUAAAGCUCAAAUGCUAGCUAAGAGGAAAGGUGGUAAAGCAAAUGUUUCACAAGCAACAUUAGAUCAGUUGAAAGUCAGUAUUCAACGAAUAAGUAUGAUGGACUAUGAGCAACACCACUAUGAUAAGGAGAAACUAAGGCAAUCAGCUAUGUGCCUGGGCGAAAUUGAAGUUAAUCCAAGUGCUGAUUUAGAACAAGUAAGGCAAAUAAUCAACAAAUUGCAAGAAGAACCACCUAAAACGACUGAGUCUGGAGAAAUCAUUCCAAAACUUACCCCAGAUUGGUGCUUUGUAGAUUCUUGUACAGCUGAGAGAUUCUUCCGUGUGGAUCGAGCUCAAGAGCACUUGCAUUACCUAACAGACAUUGCCAAUGAAAUGUUAUUUGUUCUCGACGCUCUGCCUCAAACACCUGAUGACGAACCAUCCAAUUUCCCACCUCAACAACCUUCUAAUAGUCAAACAACCCCAGAACUGAGCCCAAGUGAGGAUCCUGGUGAGGAUUCAAUGGAUUUUAAUAAAAUAUCCAUUAUGCACCAAGAUUCAACGGACACCCUUGUAAACCAGCCACUCUCAGAUAGACCUGAUGAUAGAACGCAGUUUGUGAUCCCAAAACUCCAUACGCCGGACGACGAUUCUGAUUCUAUUCGAUUCAAUCCGAAGGAGUCGCUUUCCCCGGCACACGCCAGUGGAAAUUCACCUUACAUUAGUGUUUGGCAACGUUUGUUUGAUGUUGGUAUUAAUCGCAUGAAUUUUAGUGAGCUGUUGGAAAAACCGUCAGAUGGGAUUCUAAAAGCUGCAAAAAUGGGAAAUUUAAAAUUAUUAAAAGACCUUCAUUCCAAUGGUUAUUCCCUUUUUACCAUUGACACUCACGGACAAACAGCUCUUCAUUAUGCUGCUCGUUAUGGACAUAAAGAUAUAAUAAAAUAUUUGAUAACUUGUGCGCCGGCAUCAAUUGUCAAUUUAGCUGAUAAUCAUAAGGGCCAGACAGCUCUUCAUAAAGCAGCUGCCUUCAAAAAACAUAGCAUCUGUUGCAUGCUUGUUGCGGGGGGUGCAUCGCUGACUGUUUUAGAUCAUCAGGGAAACUCUCCUCGACAUCUUGCUUUACAAGCUAAAGACUCUGAGCUGGCAAAUUACCUGGAAAGUCAAGAAAAUUUCCAGCUGGUCUCCGAGGACAUAGAAACUGUUGUUUAAGAUUUUUCAACUAGAAAUUGCUCUUCUUAAAGUGCAAUCAAGUCAAUUACUGUAUAUUAUAUCCUCAGUGUAGUAUCCUUUGGACCAAAUUGUGUGUGCGUUGUGAUUAUGUAAGUAAUAUUGAUUUCUUCAAGCCUUCUUACUCUUUUUAUCAGUUAAAGUCAGUCUGAAGAAUAAUUUAUGUUGCGCAUUCUUUAUGACUGAAGUUUUGAAAUGUAGAUCUAAAUCUUUCUUAAUUACAAAACAUUGUGAUUUUCAAUCGUUGAAAUGCCUUCUCUCUCUGUUUUGUUAUCUUUAUUUUUUAGGACAUUCAGAAGAAUGCAUGCUUUAUCUAUUUGUUAAUGGUUAUUUUAUCUAUCCUAAGUUGAAUACUGUAUUGAACUUCUCGUGUUAAUCGUUUCCUAGGAUUGGACUGCAAGUUGAAGGAUUUUGCUUUUAAUCACUGAAAUUAAUUUUAAAUGAGCGCAGUAUUUUUGUCAAUGAGUGCCCUCAAAACAAGAAUUACAAAACUUUUUUAAUCUCAUGUCAGUAAAAUUUGUAUUUUUAAAGUCUCAAAUUUAGUUCUUCUAAAAAUAGAGGGACUAAGUAUCCUGCUUUCUAUUUUUAUAGCUCCUCGAGACAGAAAUCUCAAAUUCUUUCAAAUCAAAACCAUUAAAAAUGUUAGUCUUUUUUUCAAAUUCUCAACGGAGGCCUGCUAAGAAAUAUUAUUAAAUAUUGAUGCAAAAUUUCGACAGGAAAUAGAAUGCUGUUGCAAACUGUAGUCCUUUAUGUUAAGAAGUAAUUGUA